AUGCAAGCAAAUUGCAUUUGCAUCUUGUGUUUUUGUUUGUCUCUAUUCUCUCUUCCCUCCAUUCACGCUACACCUCAAUCCAUCACCAUCUCCUUCUUCCUCCCAAUUCCCGAUUUCAAACUCCACGCCCAGAUUCCGUCCUCCUCCUAACCAACCAACCUUUUCCCCAUCAUCCUUCCCCGGAGUGGGACCCACUCCGAUCAACUUUCCUUUUUUACCCCUCCAACCCACGCAAAUGAAUCGUGUCUCUCCCUUCUCAAUCCUCGGCAUCAAAUGUAGCUCGCAGGGUUUCGAAUUUCUGUAAAAUGUGAUACUUAUAGCAUAAUUGUUAAUCUUAUUACACCGUUAGAAUUUUGAAUUUUGAAUUUUGAAGUUAUAGAGGUUGUGGAAUUGUGGAUUUGUAGAUUUGUUUGUUGUUGCUGUGGUUGUUGUUGAUGGUGUGAAAAGGAGAUGAAAUUGAAAGGAGAGAGAUGACUGGAGUGUCAUUGGGCCUACGAACAGGUAGCUAUGGUUCUCUGCAGUUGAUUCAAAAUGGAAACGGUUUGCAGCUUCCUGUGCUUGUUCGUAGACCUUCAAAGGCGCUCCUUUAUAACCCUAAAGAGAAAGAAAGGGGUUGCCCUUAUAUUUGUCGCCACCUCGGACGCGGCAGGGUUGCUAUGCUUCUCAUGCUUCUAUUUGGUCUUUUCAUUUUUGUCUUUGGUUGCUUUACACUUUACAAAGGUGGAAACAUUACUAGUGAAAUUGAAAAUACACGAUCUCAUGCCAUUAGUAGCUAUGAUUUUUUAGGCCUUGAUGAAACAAUAGAACCAAAGUUGAUGGAUAGUAGUUCUUCUAGAAAGACACCUGUAACAAGUAGGCAUAAAAGUACAUUCAGGGAUCAUCCUGUUUCCCAUUUACGAUCUUCAUAUAAUUUGAAAGGAAAAAUAGGAUCUUCCUUUACUGCGGGACAUUAUUGUGACCAUUUUGCAUAUCCUCCUCCACCGGCUGAUAGAAGAAGAACUGGACCACGCCCAUGUCCUGUAUGCUAUAUGCCUGUGGAGAAAGCUAUAGAUAGUAUGCCAAGUUCCCCAUCAGAGUCUCCUAUACUUCACACUCUCACAUAUGCGCAUGAUGAAAAUAUGUUUCCAAUUGAACCAGAGGGUGGCUCUGAUUUUGGUGGAUACCCUACUCUGGAAGAAAGGGACGCUUCUUUUGAUAUAAAAGAGACCAUGAAAGUGCAUUGUGGAUUUGUCAAAGGAAGCAGACCUGGCCGCCAGACUGGGUUUGAUUUUGAUGAGGAAGAUCUCUUAGAGUUGGAUCAGUACCAUGAUAUCAUUGUUGCGUCUGCCAUAUUUGGAAACUAUGAUGUAAUACAGCAGCCCAGGAACAUCAGUAGAGAAGCAAGAAGAAACAUUCCUUUCUAUAUGUUUAUUGACGAAGAGACAGAAAUGUAUAUGAGAAAUGCUAGUAUUUUGGAUAGCAGCAGGAGAGUUGGAUUGUGGAGAAUCAUUGUUGUCCGGAAUAUUCCAUAUGCUGAUUCUAGGCGUAAUGGAAAGAUUCCAAAACUUCUUCUUCACAGAAUCUUCCCCAAUAUUCGAUAUUCAAUUUGGAUUGAUGGGAAGCUUGAGCUCGUUGUUGACCCAUAUCAAGUUCUUGAAAGGUUCUUGUGGCGCCCAAAUGCUACAUUUGCUAUUUCAAGACACUAUAGACGCUUUGAUGUCUUUGUCGAGGCUGAGGCUAAUAAAGUAGCAGGAAAAUAUGAAAAUGCUUCCAUUGAUCGUCAAGUCCAAUUUUAUCAAUACCACGAUGGUUUAACUCAUUAUUCUAGGGCUAAACUUCCCAUAACUAGUGAUGUUCCUGAAGGUUGUGUUAUCAUUAGAGAACACAUUCCAAUUACAAAUCUGUUUACCUGCUUAUGGUUCAAUGAAGUCGAUCGCUUUACUUCCAGGGAUCAAUUAAGCUUUUCCACAGUAAGAGACAAAAUAAUGGCAAAAGUUGAUUGGAGUAUCGAUAUGUUUUUGGAUUGUGAAAGGCGAAACUUUGUGAUACAGGCUUACCAUAGAGACGUAUUGGAGAACAUGCCUCCUCCUCCAGUCAUAAUCAGUCGUUUCAAUCCACCUUCUUCCUAUACUACUAACAAGCCACUGAUGAAGAAGAAUCCUAGGCGCGGAAGAGGAGAUAGGAGAUCAGGUUCUAGGCGUCAUCGUAAAGUAGUAGACAAUUUUCUUAUGAACUCGGGGUUCUAAAUUGUAAAUGCAUUCUUUGUUGCAAAUUAUACAUCAAAGAGCUCUGAACAACUGAUACCAUUUCAAAAAUGUUGCUCCCUUUUUAUGUUUUAUUUUGUAAAUAUUUGUCUUUGACAAGAUCCUUGCUUACUUUUUUCAAAGGGGAAAGAGAAAAGGGAGAAAGAAAUGGGUUCUCAGUUGUGCAUUUUGCACACAAUACAAUUUGUAUUCAUUAGUUAUCAUAGUUUUUUUAAUCUUCAUUUAUACUUGCAAAUUUUAUCCA